AUAGGUGGCAUUGAUUGGCAGCACUGACUGGCAUUGAUAGGUGGCACUGACUGGCACUGAUAGGCGACACUGAAAGGCAGCUCAGAUGGGCACUGAUAUGUGGCAUUGAUGUGCACUGGUAGGCAUUAAUGUGGCAUUGAUGUGGCACUGAUGGGCACUGACAGGUGGCAUUGAUGGACACUGACAGGUGGCAUUGCUGGGGCUACACAGAUCAUCAUCAGGGCACACUGAUCAUCACUGUCAGCGCAAUAGCUCGUGAGGAGAGAAAUGCCGAUAACCGGCAU